AUGACGAGGAGAUGCUCUCAUUGCUGCCACAACGGCCACAACUCGAGGACGUGCCCCAACCGCGGCGGGGUGAAGCUCUUCGGCGUCCGCCUCACGGAUGGCUCCAUUAGGAAGAGCGCCAGCGUGGGCAAUCUCUCCCACCUCGCCACGUCCAGCGCCUCGCCGCCCGACGGCCCGGACCCCGGCGCCGCCGCCUCCGCUGCUGCGGAGGGCUACGCCUCUGAGGACUUCGUCCAGGGCUCGUCCUCCAGCUGCCGCGACCGCAAGAAAGGUGUGCCAUGGACUAAAGAUGAGCACAAAAUGUUUUUACUGGGCUUGCAAAAGCUUGGGAAAGGUGAUUGGCGAGGUAUAGCUCGUAACUAUGUGGUAUCACGAACACCAACACAGGUGGCCAGCCAUGCUCAAAAAUAUUUCAUUCGGCAAACCAAUUUGACUAGAAGAAAGAGAAGAUCUAGCCUCUUUGACAUGGUACCCGAUGAGCCCGUUGAGCCUCAGCCUACUCCAAUGAACUGUCAAGAAUCAGAAAUGCAAUGCAGCAAACCACUGCCAGAACCUCCGGCCAUGGAUGAGGAAUCUAAGUUAAAGUAUUCUAAUAAUCCAGUUGUUGGAGAGGCAGCCGAUCCAAAGCCAGAGACCUUGCAAUGCAGUUAUCCAGUGAUACCUCCAGCUUAUUUCUCACCCUUCUUUCAGUUUUAUAUCCCUUGUUGGCCAGGUUACCAAACAGAUGCUUUGCAGAAGCAGGGACAUGAAAUUGUUAAGCCAACAGCAAUGCAUUCAAGGACUCCCAUAGACAUCGAUGAGCUUGUUGGCAUGUCGAAACUGAGCAUAGAAGAACCAAUGGGUAAAAGAGCACCUUUAUCACCGUCAUUAAAUCUGAUUGGAGGAUCAAGUAGGCAAUCUGCUUUCCAUGCUAAUCUACCCACAAGGACUCAAGCAUGAAUUCUUGCAUCAAUCAUAACCAUGCAGUCUCGGGCUCCCCCUGUUCAUUUGGAUCUGCAAACUUGACGUUUGCUCCAUGGUGACCAGCCUUGCUGCUUUCCUGUUAAUACAAGAUAAAUUAACUGCAUACUGGACUUUUGAUGCAGUUUAUAUGCAAGUAUUUUUCUGGUUAAUUUGUUUAGCACAGUAGAGGAUAAUAGGGACCAACUUUUGUUCUUCUUUAGUACUGACUGAUGGUCCUGACCUUACCCUUAGGAUUUGUAGCACAGAUUUCACCAUUACUGUUUAGUUUAUAUCCCAGAUCUAUUUAUUGAUAGAAAUGUUGAUUUCGGAGAGCUUUUGUUGUUGGAGUUCCCAACUCUGGUAAAGCAAAUCUUUAAAUAUUUUUUGGUUUUCUCAAUUUCAGUACUGACUUUAUUGGAUGUUUGGAAGUAAACAGAGCAUUAUUGGACUGGUCCAUGCGCUCUUUUAUUUGUUAAAAAUUUGUGUGACGUGGGGAUGAUGUAAUUCUAGAUUCCUUCGCUUAUAUUCUCUUAAAA